GGUUAUAUGGUUGGACCCUGGAAAUGGGAUGUCAGUCCCGUUCAGGGAGCAUAAAGGAAGAAAGAAGAUCUCCCAAUUGCUGCUGCUGUGACAGCGAGUGAGAGCAAGAGCAGGAAGAUGUCGACAGUCACGUCAGCCAUCCAGGCUCCUCAGGGCCCUGUGAAUCCACCGCCUCCGGAAGUCACUAAUCCUAAUAAGCCUGGCCGGAAGACCAAUCAAUUGCAAUACAUGCAAAAUGUUGUGGUAAAGACCUUGUGGAAGCAUCAGUUUGCUUGGCCUUUCUACCAACCGGUUGAUGCAAUUAAAUUAAAUUUGCCGGAUUAUCACAAAAUAAUAAAAAACCCCAUGGACAUGGGGACGAUCAAGAAGCGCCUGGAACAUACCUAUUACUGGAGUGCCAGUGAAUGUAUGCAGGAUUUCAACACCAUGUUUACAAAUUGUUACAUUUAUAACAAGCCCACAGAUGACAUCGUCCUCAUGGCCCAAGCCCUGGAGAAGAUAUUUCUGCAGAAGGUUGCUCAGAUGCCUCAGGAGGAAGUUGAAUUAUUACCCCCAGUUCCUAAAGGCAAAGGUCGCAAGCCGUCAGCAGGCACGCAGGGUGCAGGAGUGCAGCAAGCAGUGGCCGUGUCUUCCGUCUCCCCGCCGGCCCCGUUCCAGAGCGUCCCUCCAGCCGUGUCUCAGACGCCCGUCAUUGCUGCCACCCCUGUGCCAACCAUCACUGCUAAUGUCCCGCCUGUCACUGCCCCUCCCGCCGCUGCUCCCCCUCCACCUGCCGCUCCGAUAAUGCCCGUGGUGCCUCCUACGCCACCGGUAGUCAAGAAAAAAGGAGUCAAGCGGAAAGCAGACACGACAACCCCCACCACCUCGGCCAUCACUGCCAGCCGGAGCGAGUCCCCCACGCCCCUCUCGGACCCCAAGCAGGCCAAAAUCAUCGCUCGACGGGAGAGCGGCGGCCGGCCCAUCAAACCACCAAAGAAAGACCUUGAAGAUGGAGAGGUCCCCCAGCAUGCAGGGAAGAAGGGCAAACUCUCUGAGCACCUCAAGUACUGUGACAGCAUUCUCAAGGAGAUGCUUUCGAAGAAGCACGCAGCCUAUGCAUGGCCCUUUUACAAGCCUGUUGAUGCAGAGGCCUUGGAAUUACAUGACUAUCAUGAUAUUAUCAAACACCCCAUGGAUCUCAGUACUGUUAAAAAAAAAAUGGACAGCCGGGAGUACCAGGAUGCACAAGGUUUUGCAGCAGAUAUUCGGUUAAUGUUCUCUAAUUGUUACAAGUACAAUCCUCCAGACCACGAAGUGGUAGCGAUGGCCAGGAAGCUCCAGGAUGUCUUUGAGAUGAGAUUUGCAAAAAUGCCUGAUGAGCCUGCAGAGGCCCCACCUCCGGCUCCACCAGCAGCACCAGUGGUGAGCAAAAGCACAGAGAGCAGUCACAGCAGUGAGGAGAGCGCUUCCGACUCAGAUAGCUCGGACUCAGAAGAGGAGCGAGCGACUCGGCUGGCGGAGCUCCAGGAGCAGCUAAAGGCUGUCCAUGAGCAGCUAGCUGCAUUGUCACAAGCACCGGUGAACAAACCAAAGAAAAAAAAAGAGAAGAAGGAAAAAGAGAAGAAGAAGAAAGAUAAAGAGAAGGAAAAAGAAAAGCACAAAGUAAAAACUGAGGAGGAGAAGAAACCCAAGGUGGCUCAGCCGCCAAAACAAGCCCAGCAGAAGAAAGCCCCAGCUAAGAAAGCAAACAGCACAACGACAGCCAACAGGCAGCCCAAGAAGGGAGGCAAACAGGCAUCUGCAACCUACGAUUCAGAUGAGGAGGAGGAAGGUCUGCCUAUGACCUAUGAUGAGAAGCGACAGCUCAGCUUGGACAUCAACCGCCUGCCUGGGGAGAAGCUGGGCAGGGUGGUGCACAUCAUCCAGUCACGAGAACCUUCCCUCAGAGACUCCAAUCCCGAUGAGAUAGAAAUAGAUUUUGAAACAUUGAAGCCCACAACUUUACGAGAACUGGAGAGAUACGUGAAAUCUUGUUUACAGAAAAAACAAAGGAAACCAUUUUCUGCAAGUGGAAAAAAGCAAGCAGCAAAGUCAAAAGAAGAGUUAGCUCAGGAAAAGAAGAAAGAACUAGAAAAACGGUUACAGGAUGUCAGUGGGCAGCUAAACAACAACAAGAAACCUGCAAAGAAAGAGAAGUCCGGCUCGGCCGCCUCCGGAGGCCCUUCCCGGCUCAGCAGCAGCAGCUCCUCCGAGUCUGGGAGCAGCAGUUCCAGCGGCUCCAGCUCAGACAGCAGCGAUUCAGAAUGA